AUGUCGUACCAGGCCGUCCCCCAAGAACACGAAAUAAUCCAAGCGGACGAUGAAGACCUCGACGCCCUGUCGUUCGCACCCGAGGCUGGCCCGAGCCAGCCACUGAAACCUGCGCCCGUCGUGUCAGGCCGUAUUGGCUCGACACCGAGUGGGAGCAGCACGACGUGGGGUGGAGUGAGGAUUGAGCGGCGGUAUGCGGGGCAGAGCACGCUGGACGAACCGGUUAGCGCUACGAUUAUGCGUGAUCUGCGCUCCAUCUACGCCAAGCUCCUGCAGGUCUUGUACCCACCACAAGGAGGUAGCCGCUCAGCCCUGCGCGACUGGGACCUGUGGGGCCCACUCUCGCCACAGGAGCAGGCGAUGUCCGUAUUUUCGCUUGUCAUAUCGCUGGUCACGAUUGGGAGUGUGAUUGUGACGGUCAACUCGAAGUUGCUUGGCGGCAAGGUCUCGUUCUUCCAGUCCCUCUGUGUGCUCGGAUACGCGCUCGCGCCGCUGCUUCUCGCAUCCAUCGUUGCGCUGCUCUUGCACAACCUCUUCGUGAGAGUACCAGUGUCGCUCGUGUGUUGGGCUUGGAGCGUGUGGGCUUCCGUCAACUUCUUCAACGGCACGGGCUUGCCCGAGCAGCGCACCGCACUCGCUGUCUAUCCACUCUGCCUCUUCUUCUUCGUCCUCGCGUGGAUGAUUAUGAUUCAAUAG